GUCAAAGUGGCAAACCCCGCAAAAUAGUUUUCUCCUCCCAUUGCAACUCCAGUCUCAAUUUGGGGCUCACUCAGUGCCAGGGGCGACGACGGGCGAUUGCGAUCUGCGAGCCGCCGUCCUCGCGAAUUCGGGCGUGGCGACUGCCGAUUGACGCGGUCAGCUUGAUUAGGCAAUAUGGUUAUCCCUCCACCAGCUAGGGCUCCUGCAAUCACCAAGUUCUUGAAGCCCUAUAUUUUGAAGAUGCAUUUCACAAACAAUUUUGUGAGUGCUCAGGUCAUCCACACCCCGACGGCCACAGUCACAUGCUCUGCAAGCUCUCAGGAGAAACUGCUGAGGCCAAGCAUGGAGUCGACGCGGGAUGUUGCUGCGGCUGCAAAGAUUGGCAAGUUGCUCGGGGAGCGCCUGUUGUUCAAGGGUAUCCCUGCAGUAUCUGUCUCCAUCUCAAGAGACCAGAAGUACCAUGGCAAGGUCAAGGCCGUGAUAGAUUCUCUUAGAGAUGCAGGUGUGAAAUUGCUGUAAGGAAAACUGACUUUUGUAUAAAAUGAAAAUGAGUGGUGACAACUGUUACACAAUUCAAAAGGUUACAAUGCUCAAGCCUUCUACUGUGAGCCUCAGUAGUCAGGACACAAAAUUUGACAAGUAUAGCAGAUAGCGUUUGUGUAUAAGUUAGCACUACAGGGAUCUUGAUUUUGUUUAGCACGUACUAUAUAUCUUCUGGUCUCCAGGUCUUACAAGCUUCAAA